GCGCUGUCUUGGCGCACGGCUCGGAGCCACGCGCGACUUCCUCCUCCUUCCUCGGGCUGCAGAAGGAGUCCACCUCGUAGCAGCAUCAGUAGCAGCAGCAGUAGCAGCAGUAGCAGCAGCAGUAGCAGCAGCUCACCAACCCCACCGCUCGCUGUCUCUCUCUCUCGUCUCGCGAGGAGGUAGAGAGUGCGCGUGUGUGUGCGCGCAGACACCGCAGGCCAGGGCAGGACGGCCAAUCUCUUCGCAGCGAAUUUAUAACUCAAAACUCUUUUUUUUCAGUGGACUUAGUUAUUGUUUCUUUCAAAAAUUAUAUAUAUAUUUUUAAAACUACAACGACAAACCGGAGCGAUGUCGCGCUCCUUCCUCGUCGAUUCGCUCAUCGUCAAGGACCCUCUGCGUCCCGGGCGCUCCCCACUGGACAGCCUCCACCACCACCACCACCAUCAUCAGCAGCAACAGCAGCACCACCUUCACCACCAUCACCACCACCAGCACCACACCACCAGCAUGCUGCCACCGCUCCCCUUCGGCAUGCACGGCGCGCACUCCCCGCCCGUCUUGAGCCCGAGCCACGUGCGCAAAACUCUCCCACCACCACCACCACCACCACCGCAACUUCCGACGACAACAGCAGCCGCCACAACAAUAGCAGCGGCGGCUGCAGCAGCUGCUGCUGCCUCUUCUCCUUCGCCUACCGCAGCUGCGGCCGCCGCAGCCGCAGCAGCGGCGGCCGCGGCUGCUGCGGCGGCCGCGGGAUUCUGCGUCUGCCCCCUGUGCAUGCGGACCGCCGGGGGCGGAGGGGCCAUGGCGUCAAUCACAGGCGUCGGCGGUGGCGCGAUGGGCUCCCUGUCGCACCACGCGCUGCUCAAGUCGCCCUUCGCCGAGAGAGUGCCGACUCCGUACUGCGGGGGGCAGCAGCCGCAGGGUCCCUGCGUGCCGCCCAACCCAUCGCACGGCCUCUGCGCGCCCGCCUACGCGAUGCCGGGACCUGGGUUCCACCACUGCCUUCCGCUCGGCGCCGAUGGUGGCGGAGUUCUGAGCAGCAACAGCAGCAGCAAGCGCAUGCGGACGGCGUUCACGAGCACGCAGCUCCUGGAGCUCGAGAGAGAAUUCUCCUCCAACCGAUACCUGUCGCGCUUGCGACGCAUCGAGAUCGCCACGUACCUGAACCUCUCCGAGAAGCAGGUCAAGAUCUGGUUCCAGAACCGGCGCGUAAAGCACAAGAAGGAAGGGAAGGCGAUAGGCGGCGGUGGAGGAGGAGGAGGAGGUGUCGGCGCUGGUGCUGUUGUUGUUGUUGGUGGUGGUGUCAGUGGUGGCGGUGUCGGUGGUGUUGUAGCAGCGGUCACCGCUCCAGUGGCAGGAGACGUGAGCCCCGGAAAGGCCGUGGGGACGAGAGGCUGCAAGUGCGGAUGCGAGUCGUCAUCCAUCAGAGCUCGAGACCGUGAGGACGCUGGCGAGCGUGACGAUGAUGACGGUGGUGGUGGUGGCGGCGGCGAUGAUGAUGACGACGACGACGACGUGUCGAUGACCCCUUCUCCUCCAGCGAAAGAGAAGAAGAAACCCUUGUGACUUUGAUCGACGAUGAUGAUGAUGAUGAUGUUGGUGAUGAUGAUGUUGGUGAUGGUGAUGAUGAUGAUGUUGGUGAUGGUGUUGUUAGUUCGCGUCGUUUAACUUUGCACGCGAGAGGCGACUGCUGCAGCUGACCACGCGACGCCACGACGCAGGGACCUCGACGUGCAUCUCUGACGCGUGCAUCGAACGUGUUCGUGCGUUAAAGUGCCGCGCGCGAGUCGCGCAUGAACACGCGCGCGCACAAGGAAGCGACUGCUGUUAGCGAGCGCCUAUUAACGUGAGCACUGCACACACGCGCGCGCGCACGCACGCGCACGCACGCACGCACGCGCCAAAUUCGACACGCGCACACACGCAUGGGUGCGUAUCGACGCGCACGGGCAACCGCUUCUUGUGUCAAUCCUUGUGCCUAUGACUUGGACACGAGGAGUUAUUACUUGUUUAUACGACAAUGACAGAGAUCCCCCGUGUAGCCUUAACAAAGCGUUGGG